UAAAUAUAUAUAUAUUUCUAUGUAUUUAGAGUCCCCUCCUGUAGUGUGACGUCACGCUGCUUACGCCACGGCUUCUGCUUGCGCGUUAGGGCGAGUGCGCCGCGCCCCCUCGGCCCCGAUCAGGAAGCGGAUCGGAGAGGAAAAGCGCUGUCUAGAAUGACACAGAAGCAGCGCUGAGCUGUAGGAGAGACUGCGGUUAAACAGAGGACCAGCUCCAGCACGGCAUCACAGCGUCAUCUCACCAAAACACACAGCAACGAGAAAAAUGCUCAUCAAAGAAUUUCGAGUGAUCCUACCCAUUUCUGUGGAGGAGUACCAGGUAGGUCAGCUGUACUCUGUAGCCGAGGCAAGUAAGAAUGAGACGGGGGGAGGAGAGGGCGUGGAGGUCCUGAAGAAUGAACCAUACGAGAAAGAUGGAGAAAAAGGCCAAUACACACACAAAAUCUACCACCUGCAGAGUAAAGUACCAUCAUUUGUGAGAAUGCUAGCACCAGCUUCAGCUCUUAACAUUCAUGAGAAAGCCUGGAAUGCAUACCCAUACUGUCGCACAGUAAUCACGAACGAGUACAUGAAAGAGAAUUUCCUCAUCAAGAUAGAAACAUGGCAUAAACCUGACAUGGGUCAUCAGGAGAAUGUGCACGGUCUGGACCCUGACACCUGGAAGAAGGUGGAUGUGGUGUAUAUUGACAUCGCUGACAGAAGUCAGGUGGAGCCAAAGGACUACAAACCAGAUGAAGAUCCGGCCAAGUUUAAAUCUGCCAAGACGGCCCGAGGACCCCUUGGGCCUGACUGGAAGAAAGAACUGCCUAAAAAGACAGACUGUCCGCACAUGUGUGCCUACAAACUGGUAACAGUGAAGUUCAAGUGGUGGGGACUGCAAAACAAAGUGGAGAACUUCAUUCAGAAGCAAGAGAAACGCUUGUUCACUAAUUUCCACCGGCAACUAUUCUGCUGGAUUGACAACUGGAUUGAACUGAACAUGGAUGACAUUCGCAGGAUGGAGGAGGAGACUAGGAGGGAGCUGGAUGAGAUGAGAGUGAAGGACCCCGUAAAAGGGAUGGUGGCUCUUGAAGAUUGAAUCUUCUGUAUAUAGACGGAGUGUGCUACAAUUUUUAUUGGUGUGUAACAGAGGUGCCGGCUGCAUUGCCGUAUUGUGAAAUUAUAGGCUUCCCAUGUCGUCACUUGUUAGGAAAAAUUCCCUCGAAAUAUACAUUAUAAAUGACUUAAUUCUACUUAAUGAGUGGCCUCAUGUUACACAGUUGUGAGUUUGAAAAUUUCUCAUCCUUCAUCUUUCUCCUCGUACUUCUUGAUAAGUAAUGUAAUCUAAGUUACAAUCUCUCUCACUCUCUCUCUAGCACUCAUUUAUAUAAAUAUUAGACAUCAGCUUCAUCAAAUUGGAAGAAUUCAUAAAUGAAAAUAAC